AUCCUCUUCCUCUCUCACUUCGAGCCUCUUUACUCCCCCGCUUCGACUUGGACAGGACAUCCCAGUCAAGCAGCCCUAGAACAUCACUUAGAGUCUUAUAACUCAGGCUAAUAUAUUCACGAUGUCGCAUUUGGCACCAACUGGUAAAUGGGAUGCCAGGUACCUUGGCCCCGUUCCUCACGACUCUUCAUAUUAUGCAAAGUGCAUGCUCGGUGGUGUCCUUGCAUGUGGUAUCACACAUGCUGGUAUCACUCCUCUCGAUGUUGCCAAGUGCAACAUGCAGGUCGACCCCGGAAAAUACAAAGGUCUCACUUCUGGUAUCGCCACUCUCCUCCGAGAAGAGGGUCAGACUGGUAUCUGGAAAGGUUUUGGUCCCACCUUUGUCGGCUACUCUCUCCAGGGAAUGUUCAAAUACGGUCUCUAUGAGGUUUUCAAGGAUCUAUACAUGAACCUUGCAGGUGAAGAGAUUUCAAACCAAUACAAACCUGCCAUCUGGCUUGCUGGUUCCGCUUCUGCUGAGGUCUUCGCCGAUAUCGCCCUUUGCCCUCUUGAAAUGACCAAGGUCAAGAUUCAAACGAGUCCUAGUGGUACAUUCCCUACUGCUUUCGGUGCUGCCCUGUCCCAGAUGAGCAAGACUAAAAUCGAAACGCGUUAUCCUUUCGGUUCGCUCGUUCCUUUGUGGUCGCGUCAGAUCCCUUACACCAUGGCCAAGUUCUUCUUCUACGAGAAGAUCGUUCAACUCUUCUACACUCACGUCUUCACUGAACCCAAGGAUAGUUACACCAAGACCACUCAACUUGGAGUUACUUUCGCCUCUGGUUACAUCGCUGGUGUAGUUUGCGCCAUCGUCUCGCAUCCGGCUGAUUCUAUCGUCUCCUUACUUGGUAAACCCGCGAACAAGGGCAAGAGCUUUGGACAAAUCGCCUCUGAGGUUGGUAUCGUUGGUCUUGCCACCAAGGGUCUCGGCACUAGGGUUCUCAUGAUCGGUACUUUGACUGGCUUCCAAUGGUGGAUCUACGACUCAUUCAAAUCCUCCAUGGGUCUCGGUACCACUGGUGGAAAGUAAACACGGCCUCACUGAAAAUGAUAUUAAUUUGGGACGGACGUUUUUAUUGUCACUAUUACGACUAGUUUACCGGUUCAUAUUCGCUCUGGUUCAUGUUUACUAUUUACCCUUUUUUUUCGUUUUACAUUUCUUCCACACAAUAGAGAACACGAACGAACAUACCCUAAAUCCCCCCACUCUAAAACGUUCGCGAGAGCUAUUCAUGUUCAUCGAAACUUGAAGGUUUGAUUAAGUG